AUGCCACGUAAAAGAGUACAUAAAUCACCCUCGUUUGAUAAGAAAGAUGAUGAUGACGAUGACUUCUUCUUUGAUGAUACACAGUCAAGUUCUGGGAGAAGUGGCCAGGAACCUCAACACAGGAACGCAGCUAAUGCCAGGGAAAGAGCUCGAAUGCGAGUAUUAUCCAAGGCAUUCUGCCGAUUAAAAACAACGUUACCCUGGGUUCCGGCAGACACCAAGCUAUCGAAGCUGGACACUUUGCGACUAGCUGCGUCGUAUAUAGCUCAUUUACGAGCACUGCUCCACGAGCCACGCUCACAGCAUACACCGCCACAUCCGUUAAAUUUGGCAUGGCCAUUUACAUUUCAAAAUGGCGGCGCGCUCAGCUGCACAAUUUCGCAAAGAUGGAAUCUAAAUAACGAAAACACAAACCGAAGUUCCCAAAGAGAUGUCGGCGAGGAAAAUUAUCAACAGGACUUUUCGGAAAAUGAUUAUGAAGAGAGAAAUUAUGAUGAAGCGGCAGAACCUUCGUAUUCUAAUACAUAUUGUAAUUAUGGAUAUAAGGAGAAUUAUUAUGAAACGAGAAACGCAUAUUCUUCGGAUGUCAUGCAUAAUAUUUAA